AUGCCGAACCCUGCACUGUCCACGCAGCACUUCGCCUCUGCCAAUCAGCGGCCUGGGGAUCUAGAUAGAGACCAGAGUCCGGGUGAAUACUCGUCCGGGGAGGAUUCCGACAAUGAUCUCGUUGGCAAUGGCUCCGGAAAUGGGCGCGCAUUGAAACGAAAACGACCUCUCACUGUCUCGUGUGAACUGUGCAAACAGAGGAAAGUCAAGUGCGAUCGAGUGCAACCGAGCUGUGGCUGGUGUACUCGGAACGGUCAAUUAUGUGAGUAUAAGGAACGGAAAAAGCCUGGCUUGAGGGCCGGGUAUGGUAAGGAGCUAGAGCAACGACUAGAUCGACUGGAAGAAGUCAUUCAAUCCCAAGCAAGACUCAUCGAGAUGCAUAUCUUGCAAAAUCCACAUUCAAUGCCAAACCACAGAGGAUCAAUCUCCUACAGUUCCCCAUCUGAACCAUCUGCGGUCCAUGGCCCUAGUCCCCGAGCGGCGCUCUAUUUCAACGACCCUGCCACUGCAAUGACUUUGCCUUCACGGCAUGCAGAUGUCUCAAUCACUAGCCCUUCGGAUACUUCGGUUAAGAACCUGGUUUCAAAUGGUCUGCAAAAUGGGAGCGUAUCUACCAUGGGAUCAUUGCCACCACGGAGUGUGCAUAAUAAUGAUUUCACGGGCAACGAAUCAUCCUUGUCUGUACCUGUCAGCAUUUUUGCAAAUCAAGAACAGUCAUUAGCAGAUCCAGACCUCGAUCUACCGCCAUAUGAUCUUCUAUACGCCCUAGUGGAUCUGUACUUUGAGCACAUCAACUCUUGGUGUCCGAUCCUCCAUCGCCGAUCUACAUUGGACACUUUCUUUGGCCCAUCGCCAUUAGAAGAGGCCGACCGCAUGGUGCUUUAUGCUAUUGUUGCAACAACAUUACGCUUUUCAACCGACCCCCGACUCAGUGAACCAAAUCGGAAGCGUUAUCACGACUCUUCAAAACAGAAGGUAUUGCUGUAUGGUCUUGAGAACUCAUCCGUCAAGGCCCUACAAGCACUUGUAAUUUUAGCCUUGGACUUGGUGGGAUCAUCAAACGGACCUCCUGGUUGGAAACUGCUGGCUCUGAUUACUCGGUCUGUGGUCCAAUUAGGAUUGGCGGUCGAGUCAAAGUCAUCUCUCAUCGCUCCAGUCUAUCCCUCUAUUUAUACUCUCCGGGCCGUCACAUUGUCCGAACCCGACUCAUGGAUCGAGGACGAGAGUAGACGUCGUCUGUUCUGGAUGGUCUACCUUUUGGAUAGGUAUUCAACCCUGGCCACGGCGUUUAACUUUGCCUUGGACGAUAGAGAUAUCGAUCGAAAACUUCCCUGCAAAGACGAAUUCUUUGUUAAGAACCAAAUGGUGGAUACGAGGAGAUUUCACUACUCAGGCGACCGUGCAGAUUAUCUUAGCCAUGCAGAUACUGUCGGCUCGUUUGGACUUUAUAUUGAGAUCCUGGGAAUUCUUUCACGUGUCCAUGUAUUUUUGAAACGCCCAGUGGACAUCGGGUCUCUUUCCGAUGUUGAAGAAUGGCAAUCAACCUACCGAAAGCUCGACAGUGAGCUGACGACAUGGGAGUUCAAUCUUCCUCCAGAAUACGCUUACGAGAAUUCCUCUCGUCUUUUCAACGGGGCCAAACCGAGCCGAAAUCUGCACAGUGACUGGGUGCAGCUUCACGCUACCUACCAAACGGCUGUGAUUCGUCUUCAUUCCUCUGCGGCUUAUCCCACCACCAGAUCGCCAAUAUUUACCCCCUCAUACAGCGCAAGCCAACGAUGCUUGUUAGCAGUCGACAACAUCCUCUCAGUCACCCGCUUCGUAGUAGAGAACAACAUGCUCGACAAACUCGGACCGCCAUUCGCCUUCACGCUCUGGGUCUCAGCCCGCCUUCUCCUCGUCCACGGCUCAACCAUCGCUCACACCGUCAGCUCCGACAUCAUCUUUUUCGUCGACACACUGUCCCGCAUGGGCCAUCACUGGAAGGUCGCAGAGCGAUACAGCAACAUCCUCCAGCGUGUCCUCGACGAAUACGGCGAAUACCAGCAGUCCGUCGCCAUGGACGGCGAGCGCUCAACCCCCUCUACAGUCAAGAUCCUAGCCGACAUGCGUCGAUGUGCAUUCGACCUCGACUUCCUCAUCUCCCGCCAACCGCGCGAAUCGCCCUCUUCGGCCAGCGCUAACGGAAACGACCCAAACCGCCCACCUGCCGCUGCCCUGGCUCCCCGCAACCUCGCUCCAAACGAACUCGAAUACCUAGACGUAUUUGGUUUCUUCAAUGUCCCGCGUGUACCGCCCGCCCGAGCUCCUGAUUCAGUUGCAGCCUCGCAUUUGGAUAUCUCGGAAUCGGUAUCGAAUCCCAUGUCUAUACAUGGACUUACGGGCAAUGGGUCCGUUGUUGAUGGACACACUUCCUCCAAUGCGAACGAGUUCAAUAUUACCAAUUACUUGAUCCCGACUCCCGAGACUGAUUGGCUCUUCAGGCCUGCGGGAUGA